AUGGCUCCCUACUCAAGGAUGGCCCACCAGGAUGAGCCCUCUUCUAAUUCUUCCAAGCAAACGGGUGUCCUAUUCGAAGGCGAUGCGGAAACAGUCGACGGAGACCUCACUAGCGAUAGAUUCCAGUUGAAACGAGCAGAAAACCGUCGGCUUGAUCUGGUCUGGCGGAAUAGAUUCGCUUUGGUGCACCUGUCUGCACUAUAUGGCCUCUACUCCAUAUUCACAAAGGCGAAACUCGCCACCACACUUUUUGGUUACUAAUCGAUUCCUAUCAUUGGCGUGCUGGGCGUUACAGCCGGUGCCCAUCGCCUUUGGGCGCAUCGCACCUACAAGGCCAAGUGGCCCCUCCGCCUGAUCCUGGUCAUCUUCAACAUGAUCGCCUUUUGGGAUGCCGCCUACCACUGGGCCCGUGACCAUCGCGUUCACCACAAAUACUCGGAGACUGAUGCCGAUCCACACAACGCCACCCGUGAGUUCUUCUUCUCGCACGUCGGCUGGCUUCUGUGCAAGAAACAUCCGGAUAUCAAGGAAAAGGGAAAGGGACUGGACCUCUCCGACCUGCGCGCCGAUCCCAUUUUAAUGUUCCAGCGAAAGCACUACUAUAUCCUCAUGCCCCUGGCGUGCUUUCUUCUGCCCACUGUCAUUCCAAUGGUUUACUGGAAUGAGACACUGGCCUCCUCCUGGUUCGUGGCCAGCAUGUUCAGGUGGUGCUUCCAGCUGAACAUGACCUGGUUGGUGAACAGUGCGGCCCACCAAUUCGGAAAUCGUCCAUACGACAAGACCAUGAAUCCCACCCAGAAUGCUUAUGUAUUGGCCUUUACGUUUGGCGAGGGAUGGCACAACUACCAUCAUUUCUUCCCAUGGGACUACAAGACGGUCGAAUGGGGUCGCUACUCCCUGAACAUAACCACGGCCUUCAUCAACAUGUUCGCCAGGAUCGGCUGGGCCUACGACCUCAAAACGGUGGCUCCCGACAUGAUCCAGCGGCGCGUACUCCGCACUGGCGAUAAGGACCUGACACCGGAGGAUGCCAGGAACGUGCUCUUCGUCGAUAAAAGAUCAUGAAUUUUGUAGUACUCC